AAGAUGUGACUCCAUCAGAAGAAGCAGAUAUAAAGUAUACAGAGACUUUCAGAGCUCAAACAAAUGCACUUCAGCAGAAGGAAGAAGAAAAGGAGACUUUCAGUUGUGUUCUUUGCACGUUCACCUCUCUCCGAAUGUCGAGCCUUAACCGCCACAUGAAAAUCCAUUCUGAUGAAAAACCCCACCUGUGCCAUCUCUGCCUAAGGGCUUUCCGUACAGUUACUCUCCUGCGUAACCACAUGAACACACAUACAGGGACCAGGCCAUAUAAAUGCAGUGACUGUGACAUGGCAUUUGUGACCAGCGGUGAGCUUGCACGACACAGGCGUUAUAAGCAUACUCUAGAAAAGCCCUUUAAGUGCACACUGUGUAAAUACUGUAGUGUAGAAGCAAGCAAAUUGAAGCGGCACAUCCGCUCACACACAGGAGAGCGUCCUUACCACUGCUCUCUCUGUAGUUAUGCUAGUAAGGAUACCUAUAAGCUGAAAAGACACAUGAUAACUCAUUCAGGUGAAAAACCAUAUCAGUGUUAUGUUUGUCAGGCAAGAUUCACACAAAGUGGCACCAUGAAAAUCCACAUAUUGCAGAAGCAUAGUGAAAAUGUACCAAGACAUCAGUGUCCACAUUGUGAGACAGUUAUUGCAAGGAAAAGUGACUUACGUGUCCACUUACGAAACCUGCAUUCCCACCUGGCUGUGGCCUUGAAGUGCAGUUACUGUGAAGCAGUCUUCCACGAGCGCUACGCUCUCAUUCAGCACAAGAAAACGCAUAGAAACGAGAAGAAAUUCAAAUGUGAUCAGUGCAGCUAUGCGUGCAAGCAGGAACGACAUUUGAUCGUGCAUAAGCGCAUCCACACUGGCGAGAAGCCCUUCAUUUGUCUGUGUUGCAGUAAAUGUUUCCGACAGAAGCAGCUUCUGACUGUUCAUUUCAGGAAAUACCAUGAUUCUGAUUUUAAACCAACAGUUUUUGAGUGUCCUAAGUGUGGCAAGAGCUACUCACGCUGGAGUAACAUGCAUAAGCAUGCUGAAACCUGUGGAUUUACGAGAGCAAACGCUGUUAGAUCCAGCAAAGGAAGCAAGGGUAAAAAGAAGAGAUGUAGGAGCCUAGAAUAUGCUAAGCAAGAAGCUGUUGAUCAGGGAUCAUUCCAAGACGCUUCCAUUAUGAACAUGGAGGAUUGUGGCACUGAGAUUGUUCCUGUCACAUAUGACAUAGAAAUGACUACCCCAAGGGAGCAGAAAACAGAAAUGACAUGUGAAAUGCUCUUCAACACGAUGGACAAAUAAAGCAUGUUCUGGUUUCUCAUUGUUGCUACUGCACAGAAUAGCAGUCUGCAGCCUAGCACAAAGUUUGUAAGCAUGUUUAGGGAACCAAGCUGCACCAGGUACUAGUUUCAAGGUCCUCCUAUCUUUUUUCUACCAUGAUAUACUGCACAUCUUUGAUAGAAGUUGCUAGAAAAUGGUCCUCUAGAGUUGCCAUGUGGUCAAACAUAUUUGCAUGAGUCUUGAGGAAAAAGCACAAAUUUUCCAAUUAACUG